UCUCUCUUAAUCAUCAUAAUCCUCAUAAUCGUCAUCGCCAUUCAUUUCUCUCUCUCUCUACAUUUAUCUCCUUCCCCACAGCCCAUUUCUCUCUCUUUUUCUCUGAGUCAUUUUUGCAGGUCUGGGCAGGCAGGCAGGCCAGUGCAGUGCAAUUGAUGAUGAUGAUUAUGCUCGUCUGCUUAUCCUCUCUUUCUUCUUUACUGCUUGCUUUUCCUUGAAUCUUAUUUUAUUUUAGCUUUUGGUUUCAAAUUAGAGUUAUAAACAAAGGAAUAAAGAUCAAAUCUGAAGGCUAGCACUAACUCAUAGAAAUUUACUUUCUGGCUUUCUUCUUUCCAGUUGUCGAUGGUCCUCUUUAUUUCCAUUCUUCACAUCCCAUAACCCUCACCUUUCACCACAACUUCUCUUUGCUCUCUCUCUCUCUCUCUCUCGAUAUUCUGACCACCACCUCCACGAGCAGAACAGAAGCCACGUCCGCCUCCUCUCAUCACGAGUGAGUGAUUGAGUGAACGAGGGAGGAAGGAAGGUGAGAGAAAUCAAGUGAAUUGUAUAGAAGAAGAUGAAGAAGAUCCGGUGGAUCAUUUGCCGCUACUUCUAGCGCUAGAACAAUCUAUAUUAAAGAAUUCGGAAAUCUAGGCACAAGUGGAGGGUAUUCGAUUGAGAAAUUAAAGAUGCAACAAGGAGGAGGGUCUAAAUCCGAGAUGAGUGCUCCUGCCUUGGCUGCUGCUACUGCAACCGGUCAGCCGAUGGGUACGGAAAGCGGACAAGUUCAGCUAGUAGAAGAGGCCUCGCCCAUCAGCAGCCGGCCUCCUGCCUCGGCCGCUGUGAAUUUGGAUGAACUGAUGCCUCUACAGGGCGGGAGUGCAGAUGAGGAUGCACUUGCUGCCGCUGCGGGGGAUGGAGGAGUUGUCGGCGGCGGGAACCGCUGGCCUCGUCAAGAGACUCUAGCUCUUCUCAGAAUUAGGUCCGAGAUGGACGCUGUCUUCCGUGACGCCACCCUCAAAGGUCCCCUCUGGGAAAAUGUUUCUAGGAAGCUAGCGGAGUUGGGAUUCAAACGGAGUGCCAAGAAAUGCAAGGAAAAAUUUGAGAACGUCCACAAGUACUACAAGCGAACAAAGGAAGGCCGAGCUGGUCGUCAAGAUGGGAAGAGCUACAAAUUCUUCAGCGAGCUUGAGGCUCUCCAUAGCUCAGCUGCCAGUAGCAGCGCCACCGGCAAUAACGCCUCAGCUUCCUUCGUACUGCCGCCCGCGACAACUACUGCCACUACCAUCAACCCAGUGAUUUCUCCUGUUUCCACUGGGAUCGGCAUCGGCAUCGGGAUCGGCGGUCUGAUCAGCAACCCUAUGCCAAUCUCCUCCAUCAGAGUUCCCCAAGCCCCUCCAGGUGUCGGAAUGUUUCCUCCCGAUCCGAGUGCGGCAGUGAUUGCACCAGCUGCCGUGUCUGGAUCCGCCACAACUCCUGCAGCAGCAGCGGCACCCCCGCCAAUAGGUAUCAGCUUCUCAUCGAAUAGCUCCUCGUCUUCUCCGGGCUCCGAUGAUGAGGACGACGAGGAGGAAGAGAGCCUAGAAGGGGAGCCAUCUAACGUCGGUAGCAGCCGCAAGCGUAAACGGGGAUCAUCAAGAGCGGGCAGUAGUUCUGGAACCCGUAGGAUGAUGGAGUUUUUCGAGAAUCUAAUGAAACAGGUAAUGCACAAACAAGAAGUCAUGCAGCAAAGAUUUCUAGAGGUAAUAGAGAAGAGAGACCAAGACAGGAUGAUAAGAGAAGAAGCUUGGAAGAGGCAAGAGAUGGCUAGGCUGGCCCGCGAGCACGAGCUCAUGGCUCAGGACCGGGCCAUCUCUGCUUCUAGGGAUGCCGCUAUAGUUGCUUUUCUACAAAACAUUACUGGCCAAACUGUCCAAUUACCUACACCUACUGUAAGCAAUAUUCCUGCUGCCCCACCCCCGCCUGUGUCAGCGGCCCCUGUCCCCACGCCAAGGCCAACGCCAACACCAACGCCAACGCCAACGCCGCCACCACCAUCACAACAACAACAACAUCAUCAUCAACAGCAACAACAGCAACAAUUUCACCAACGUUCUCCUCAAAAUGCCCAAGUAGUGAUGGCCAUCCCAGAACAACAGGUGCCCCCACAGGAUAUGAGUGGUGGAGGAGGGAUCUUUGAAGCAACUUCCUCGAGAUGGCCCAAGGCAGAGGUUCUUGCACUCAUAAGGUUGAGGAGUGGGCUUGAACCGAGGUACCAAGAGGCAGGGCCCAAGGGCCCACUUUGGGAAGAAAUUUCCGCAGGGAUGCUGCGGAUGGGCUACAAGAGGAGUGCCAAGAGAUGCAAGGAAAAAUGGGAGAACAUCAAUAAGUACUACAAGAAGGUAAAGGAAAGCAACAAGAAACGCCCCGAAGAUGCCAAAACCUGCCCUUAUUUUCACCAACUGGAUGCUCUUUAUCAGAAAAAAAUACUUGGCGCGUCUAGCAGUGGUGGAAGCGUCAGCGGCAAUAACAGUACUUCUUUUAACCAGAAUCGGCCAGAAGAGCAACAAGAGAACAUCAAAUUGGAUCCACACGAUGCCCCAGCAAUUAUGCCAAUACCAGAACCGCAAGAAGCACUUGCUAGUACUGAAUUAGAAAACAAAAACAAAGCUAGUACAGAUUCACAGGCCCAGGCAAGCAACAUUGGUUUGCCAGCAAGCCUCCUUGGAGAAGGAAUUGGAGGGGCACCCAAGAAGCCAGAAGACAUUGUGAAGGAGUUAAUGGAGCACCAGGAGCAUCGACGUCAACAACAAUUAAUAGUAGAUGACUAUGAUAAAAUUGAGGAAGCUGAUAGUGACAUUAAUAUUGAUCAAGAGGAUGAUCAGGAAGAUGAAGAUGAGGACGAGGACGAGGAUGACGAAUUAGAAGAGGAGAGGAAGAUGGCUUAUAAGAUAGAAUUUCAGAGACAGAACGCAGGGCAGCCUAAUGGGGGAGGAAAUGGGGCACCGGCCUCCUUUUUGGCCGUGGUUCAGUAGUACGUCUUGGUAGGCUGGUAGCAAUGCUUUCGUAGCCGGUCAUGAGGUCCUCCUCGCCAAAAGUGUACCAUAUAUGGACGUAUCUAUGGGUUCAGAAGCAUAAGAAGAUAACGAUGACGUCCGAGUUGAAAACCUGAUAAUUUUAAUUCUUUCUAACUUCCAUCACCAUCAUCUUCUUGUACUUGUCGGUACUCUGUAGAAUAGCUUCGUUAAGUUGGGAAUUGGGAAAUCUUGGAUGACGCAGUGAUCAGUACUUGUACCAAAUUUUUCUAAUUUAUUGAUUUGUUGGCGAAUAAACCGUUUCAAAGGCACAACGGGAGAAGUAUUUGGAUUGAGACAGACAAAUAAGCUUGCCAAGCAGCAGCAGCAGCAACAACAUCAUAAUCGUCAUCGACGAGAUACACGAGCAUGGAGAGUAAGAGAGUCAAAAGCAGAUAGUUUUGAAAGCUGAAGCAGAUGUUUAAGUUCUCGUUUUUAAUUUCUAUUUUUUUUUCUUUUAAAUUAAGCUUUGCUUCCUUUCUUCCUUGCUUUGUUUGGAUGAAGACAGUACUGGGUAUCCAGAAAUUCAUAUUCUUGCUAUUCAAAUUGUAAUAACUCUAAUUACCUAAUUUCUUUUUCUACAAUGUUUGUCA